GAGACCUUGGAGCGCGCGGGAAAGAGACCAAUUUAAAUUGUGGCGGGAGAUUCGUUUUUGGGUCCUUGUCGCGUUAAACACCCUCGGCUGGAAAGUCAAUUGGUUGCUCUCAUCUUCUCGCGUUUGAACAUGGUGCGGACUAAAGCAAACAGUAUCCCAGGCACCUACAGAAAAGUGGUGGCUUCUCGAGCCCCCAGGAAGGUGCUUGGUUCCUCCACCUCUGCCACUAAUUCCACGUCGCUUUCGUCGAGGAAAGCUGAAAAUAAGUAUGCAGGAGGGAAUCCAGUUUGUGUGCGCCCAACUCCCAAGUGGCAAAAAGGAAUUGGAGAAUUCUUCAGGCUGUCCCCUAGAGUUUCUGAGAAAGAGAAUCGGAUUCCUGAAGAGGCAGGAAGCAGUGGCUUAGGAAAAGCAAAGAGAAAAGCAUGUCCUUUGCCACCUGAUGACACAGAUGACGAAAAAGAAUAGAACUUUCUUAUUCAUCCUUGACUAGUGUCUCCUGUUUACUCUGGUAUUCUAGGAUGUAAAUUUGCAUAAAUGUAUUUGUUCCAAUUAGCUUUGUUCAAUAGACAUUUAAUUUAAAAAAUGAGGCUUACAUUUAGUUAUUCAAAAGCAAGUAAUUAUGAUAUUGGUGAGUUUGUAAGAUUAACUAUGGUUACUUGGCUUGGUACUCAAUAUAAUGCAGUAUUUGGUUUCUUUUACCUGUUAUUAAGCUUCUUGUUCUUGCUAACAACAAAUCAUUGCAUGGUGUUCUAAUUAUGAAUCUGCUGUAUUUGAGAUUUGUUUAGAUCUUUGUACUGCUGCCAUUUUUAUUGGCAUUUGAUUAUUGGAAUGGUGCCAUAUUUUUGUUCCUUUGCUUUGCUUUAAAAAGCAGAGUUAGAUUUUUGCACAUUAAAAAGAUUCAGUAUUAAUUAAACUGAACCCAUACCCUUUUUAAGAAAGGGGACCAAUGAUGCAAUGUUGAAAAAAUUUGGAUGACUAUCUAUCUU